CACUGGCGGUCGGUCGUCGUUGUCAAGUGGAAAAGUUGGUUGUAAUUUUUUGUGAUUUAAAAAAAUUCUAUUUCGCGUUGAUUAAUUGCUUUUUCUAAUGAUAUAACUACAACGAAUCACACUUAACAUAGUUUGUGCUUGCUAAGCAGGCAUUUAGCGAGGACUAAAAGAAAUUCAAAAGACUGAAACCAUUCAAUCGCUGCACCUGCACCACAGACGGGACGGGUGUGCAUCGCGAUUUCUAAUCACUAGCAAGAGACUUUCUUCCACAAUAAGCAGCCAGAAGAGCGCCAGCGCCCGCAAAGCAACAGUUACCGCAGCCAUACAUAUACAGACGUGUGCCUUGCCACUUUUAAACCCUGAACGCCGUCCAAUUAAAUAACCAGAGCACAGAAUCGCCAUUGACUUGCGAUAUUAACUUUCCACGAUUGUGAGAGGGGGGUUGGAGAGGCACCUCUGGCCACCUGGCUGGCGGGCGACAUAGGGAAGGGCGUUAUUUCAUAGUUUCGCUUUGGACAACGACGACGACAAGACCGAACAGAAGCAACAGGCGACACCAUGAAUGGACAGCCACAUAUUGGCGGAGGCAGCACCUCGAAAUUAAAUCUACACAUUACGCAUCUCGAUCACGUUGGCCCCUAUCUGAAGGUCUAUGGCCAGAUCAACCGCGAUGCUGCAUUGCUGAUCACCAAGCGCAUUGAGCAUGUGCUGGCUACAUGCUUUGCCAUUGAGCCCACAUGGUCCAUCGAGCGGGAGCAGGCUCUGCUCACCCCCGGCACAGUGUGUGUGUUCAAGCAGACAAACGGGGCCGCUCCCGGGGACACUGAGUACAUGCGAGCGCGUGUGAUGAGCGCCACUCUGGAUGGAAACAAGCGUAUGCGCGUCGAAAUAGAGUAUCUCGAUUACGGCUUCAAACGAACUGUGAGCAGCCACGACUUAAUGUUCCUCAAGCAGCCGAAGCUUCUUCAGAACAUUCCCGUUCUCUGCUCACAGUACAUUGUCCUCGGCAUAUGCGCCGAAUGGGACAAAAACGACCUGGAGACAGUGCAUAAAUUGAUUGUCAACCAGACCGUCCAGCUUACCAUCGAUCCAGCCCAGAUCUGUGGCCAGUCCUUUGCCAGCGUACGCUGGAAGGACUUUGAUUUGACUGAGUUUCUGGUGCAACAGAAACAAAUCGGGGCUCCGGUGUCCACUCAACUGAUGCUCGAUCACUGCAAGAAGCUGUGGAAGGAUUCUCCGCAGUCGCCAGUUUUGGAGUACAACAACAACAUUAUAAGUCCGAACAGCGCCUUAAAAACACCCACGGAUUUGGCACGUGAGCAGCUGGCUGCUCGACGUUCCCUGGCUGCCCGCCUCGAGAUGCAACGCGUCGUUCCCGCGACCACCUCGAGUGUGUUGAAUCCAGCCGCCCCUGACUACGCUCCCAAGCAGCAGCAGCAGCAACCUUUAGCUAAUUUGACAAAUGUGAUACCACCUCAAGCCCUGGUCAAUACUCAAAAGCACAACUAUGAGGCGACCAAUCCCUUUAACGUGCCCAGAGCCGACCCCAAGCAACAGGUCUAUAACUACUACAAUGUGCGCAUGAACAAGCCUGCGCCCAAGGUCCCAAGCAUGCAACCGUUUAUGCCGUUGCCUCACGCGAUGGCUGGUUACGCCCCGAUGGCAUAUGCGCCGGCACGCUUCACACCACCACCGCAAUCGGCGAGCGUACAGCGGCCAGCAAUACAGCAACGCACCAUUCCGGCCUUCAGGACCACCAGCCUGACACUGGGACUGACCUAUGACGUUCACGUGAGCUACGUCGAGAACGGGCCGCACCUGUUCUGGGUGCAGCUAAAGACCGCCGCCAAAGAACUGGAUGCCAUGAUGGAGCAGAUUGAACGAAUGCGACUGCAGCCACUCCCCCAGGCACCGGAGGUGGGAUCUGCCUGCGUGGCCCGCUUCUCUCAGGAUGGCAAUUUCUAUCGUGCCUUGGUGAGCUCCAUCAAGGAUCAGCGUUUCCGGGUUGUCUACGUGGACUACGGAAACUCGGAAGUGCUGCCAUCGAAAGAUGUCUACCAAAUACCCGCGGAGCUGUUGCAGAUCAAGCCUUUUGCCUUCCGCUUUGCCCUGGCCGGCAUCAAGGAGAUCGAACCCAUUGACGAAAGCAUGAAGCAAAUCUUCAAGAAUUCGGCUCUGUAUACUGACUUCCAACUGACGGUGCAGCCGCCAGAGAGUGUUGGCUCCAUGCAGACCUGUCAUCUCAGCUUUAGAGGCAACAAUAUACUGGCGGAGCUGAAGCAGCAGAAGAACUCGCUGCAGGAAUACCAAAAGGCUGACCAUUUGUUGAACGAUGACGAGGUGGAGAUUCGCUACAUUGACUCGCCCAGCAAUUUCUACGUGCAGAGGGUGGCCAACAUAGGGGAGUUUCAAGUGCUGAUGGAUAACAUGUUUACGUACUACAACAUUAACCAGAAGGUGCCCGAAAAACUAACGCUGGGUGCCCCCUGUAUCGUGAAAUGUGAUCAGGAGUGGUAUCGUGCUGAGAUCCUGCGUGUCGAUGAUUCUGUGAUUGUGAGGCACGUGGACUUUGGCUACGAGCAGACGGUGAAGCGCCAUCUGAUCGGAAACAUUGCCAAGGAGCAUCUGAAGAUGCCGCGCCAGGCCAUCAAGUGCUGCCUGAAGGGCUUCGAGCGCAGCGAGCUGGGCCAGGAUAAAAUCACCGACCAGUUCGAAAUGCUGGCCGAAGAGUCAAACAUCCGACGUCGAACCUUUAAUGUGCGCGUCUUUCGCAUCGAGCCCGACGGCCUGAAUGUUGUUAAUCUUCUCGCCAAGAACCUGAACGUCAUGAAGAAGCUCUACAAGCUGUCCAUGCCCUUUGACAAGUACCUUUCGCUGGAGAAGGGCCAAUUCACUGGCAACAACACGCGAGCCGAGUCUGUUGUCUCCUCCGAAUUAGACAAGGAUUUAAUUCUCAACUCCACCAGCAUCGUUGAGAGCGAGGAUCGCGAACACCAAGAUCAGCAGCAACAGCCACCGCCGCAGCAACUGCAACAGCAGCAAACAAUCCGUGGCAAGGCCUCUAGUGAUUGGGACAAGCGCAGCUCAGCGUCAGGCAACUCAAGGGAUAGCAAGCAUCCCCAGCAGCUGCAGAAAAUCGAUCGUAACCUGGACUCCAGCUUUGACAGCCAGAGCAUUGGCAGCUACAACAGUGGCAGCAGUUCGCCCCGCAAGAGCAGCCGACAGAAUGGACGCAGUCAAGCCCAGUCGCCGCGGCUGAUGAAUGGAAAUCAAGAGGCAAAGAAAAACACACGCUUCAGCAACAGUCAGUCGCCGCGCAAGGAGCCACAGCAGCAGUCUCAGUCUCAGCAGCAGCGUAAUCAGCCAAAUCAGCGUUCACAGAAUGCUCCUCAGGGCUUUGCCCAAAAACCUCAACGACAAAAAUCCACUUUGGAUGGCGGCAGCAUAGCUUCCAAGCGCUCCAGCGGCGUGGAGAGUGAUGCGGGCUCAGCCAACGAAUUGGCAGUUGCUGCCAAACCUGAAAAGUAUGUCUCCCUGGACAGGCCAUACUCCCUGCAGGAAAUGAAAACCACUGGAAAGGAGGCCGCCAGCUUGUCCUGGUGGGUAUCGCCCUUCCAGUUUUAUAUUGUGCCAAAAUCUUCUUCAGCCAAAUACGAUGGUUUGCUGCGCGAAAUGAGACAAUUCUAUCGCCAAAAGCCCCACCAGCAACUCCAGCUGAAGGUCGGCUCGACGGUGGUGGUGCGCCAGCGCAAGAACAAUGCGAUUCUUCGGGCCACGGUCAACGCCUGCAAUCACAUGAUGCGCAAGUAUCGCGUCUUCUGCGUGGACACGGGCAGCCUGAUCACUGUCACUUCCGAGGAUGUGUGGCAGCUGGAGCAGCGCUUCGCCGAUGCCCCCUGUCUGGCCCAUCGCUGCAGCUUCCACAGCGUGGUAACCAACUACGACCAAUUGUACAUUGUGGAUCACAUGGAGAAGUUUGUGCCGGUCAAUGCCAGAGUCGAGUGCGAGUUCCUCGCCAAACAGCCGAUCAGCAACACAAACAGCAGCUGCUCCUACACGGUCAACGUGUUUGUGAACGGAGCUUCGCUCAGGGAUACGCUGGUCAAGGAGAAGUUCCUCACCGAAGUGCCGCCAGAGGUGCGUGUGAGUCUGCUGGCUGGUCAGCAGGUACGCGGAAAGUUUACAUCCGUUCGGGAUAUGACCAACUUCAAGAUACAGCUGGACUACUGCCACGAUGUGAGCUUCCUGUGCAGCUACGAUGAUGCCAAAUUCGUCAAGUCAAACCCAGAUAUGGCCAGGCGAUUCAAGGAGUACUACGAAGGCAAAUCAUAUGCCUUUAAUGUGAAGCACGUCUGUGAGAACAACAUUAUUUACCUUCGUCCCGUAAUGCCGCUAUUCAAGGAGGAUCGCAAAUCCUUCGUCUGCAGCUAUCCCGUGGUUCUGAGCAACUUCAAGGCCCUCGCCGUCUACGCCGCCAAGCCAUACCGCGUGUUUGUACAGCCCCUGGCAAUCGAAUCAACGAUGCAGACUCUGCUCGAUGACAUGUAUGAGUUCUACGAGGCCAAAGGUGACUCGCUAAACAAGUACAAACCGGGACAGAUCUGUGCAGCCCGGGGAUCGGAUAGCAACUGGUACAGAGCACGUGUCGUCGCCAACGAUCCGAAUGCACGACGCAUCGAGGUGUUUUACAUAGAUUACGGCAACACGGAGGAGCUGAAUCGCCAGGAUAUCAAGGCACUCGACAACAGGUUCUAUGCGAACUCCAGUGGAUUUGCUGUAGAGGUUAAUUUACCCGUGGGACGACCCAGCAAUGAGGGAAAACUAAAGAGCCGUCUCGCCGAGCUGCUGGAGGAGAAGAUGGUGACCAUCCAGCCAAUUGAGGUUCGACGUAAUCACCUCAUUGCCGAUAUCAUCAUGGCUGACAAUCAGAGCGUGGCGGAGCGACUGAAGGCGGAAAAACUGGUGGCCUCCCAUCUGGACUUGGACUACAUGCGCAAGCAGUUGGAUAAGGGCAAGAGUCCCACUUAUGAGUACAUAGAGACCGUGGACUUGACCAUGGAUGAUGAGGAGGACAAGCGCAGCAAGGAGAGCAGCAGCAGCAAGUCCAGCUCGACAAAUGCCUCGCCAAAGGCCAAAAAGCCACAGAACGAAAAGGAGUCGGCAAGGAAGAUUAAGCCGGUGGAGCCAACUCCAAUUCCUGUGGCACCAAUUGUAGCAGAACCAAAGCCUGUAUCUCCUGCGCCAAUGCCAGUAUCUAAGCCAACCUCCCCGGAACCGGCUCCCUCUGUGGUCCAACCAGAGGAGGAGCCAGCCAUUGCAGCGGUGCAGGACGAGGAGCCACCACAGCCAGCUGCUGAGCCUGAGGAGGACCCCUACCAGGGUAUGGAAACAGUUGUACUCAGCCAUUGCGACAAUCCGGCCCACUUCUUUGUGCACCCCGUCGAUCAACUGGAUAAGCUGAAUCGAAUGCAGGAGAACCUGCAGAUUGUGUCACCCUCGCUGCCACCGCUGGAGAAUGUCGUCGAUGGAGCCGAUUGCGUUUCUCUGUAUUCCGUGGACAAGUGUUGGUAUCGCGCCAAGAUAAUUGAUGCCGAGCUAAUGGUCCUGCAGUUCAUUGACUUUGGGAACACGGAUUGUGUCUCGGAUACCACGGACAUCAAACAGAGCAUGUUUGGUCACAUGGAUCCCUUCUGUCUGCCCUGUGCCCUGCCCAUCGGCCCCAAGAGCACACUCGACUGGGUUGAUGCUGCGAAUGGCAUCUUCAACGAGUCGUACACCAAGAUACUGCGCUACGAGUAUCUCACCCAUGGAGACCACAAAACGAUCAGCUAUGUCCAGCUGUACAUCGAGGGCGAGAACGUGGCCAAGAAGCUGAUUGCCGACGGCUACGCCAAGCCCCUGGAGUAUGUGGCCAGCGGCUGUACCUGCUACAUCUCGCACGUGAAUAGUAUCUGCGACUUCUACAUCCAGCUGGAGCGCGACUCCAAGGCCCUGGAGCUGAUCGAGAUGUAUUUGCGAGACAACGAAAAGACCCUCGAACCCUUGGAGCGCUUCGAGAAGGGCAGCAUCGUCGCAGCUCUCUUCGAGGACGAUGAGUUGUGGUAUCGAGCAGAGCUGCUCAAUCAGUUACCCGACUCCCGCUACGAAGUGCUGUUCAUUGACUACGGCAACACCUCGACCACCGCCAAGUGCCUGAAGGUCUCCGAGGAGAUCGCCAAGCUGCCCAGCCUCUCCAAGAAGUGUUCGCUGCAGCUGCCCGAGACGCACACCGGCUGGUCCCAAGAGGCUGAAGCCAAGUUUGCCGAGCUCACUGGCGAGGGGGAGCUGGUCUUCACCACGCAGCUGCUGAAGCCAGGCGCAGAUCAUGUCACCAUCCAUCUGAUGCUCGAUGAGGAGAACAUCAUUGACCGUCUACUGCCGCUGUGCCCGCAAAAGGAGCCCAAGGCAGCCACCAGCAAGGAACCGCUGGCAGAAGCUAGUGCUGGUUCCGCUGCCAUCACCAAAGCCACCAUCACCCAAGUGGAAAGUGCUUCCCAAAUAUAUUUGCAGUUUGCUGAGAAGAAUGCCCUGGCAGACAGCAUUUGUGCCAAACUUAAAGAGGGAAAAUUGCAAUCAAAGAAGAACGAGGGACAUGUGGAUGAUCUGUGCGUGGUUAAGUGUGAAGAUGAUGGCGACUUCUAUCGCGCACGAGUCCUGGAGCUGCUGAACGGCAAAUAUCGUGUCAUUCUGGUCGACUUCGGCUUGGUACUAGAGGUCGACACGCUGUACGAGACGCCCGAUGAGUUUGUGACUAUUCCACCACUGGCUGAGCCUUACAGUCUCCAGCCAUGCGUUGAUUUUGAAAAGAACAAAUCCCUGACCAUAGAAUCCCUGAACGAUCUCUUGGAGAGCUGCGAUGGCAUUGUGUUCGCAGAGAUUCUCGACAAGACAGCAAGUCCGCCUAUAGUCCGACUGUCUAUCAAAGCCAAGAACGGCCUGGACAUAUUUGAGCAGCUGCAGAAGCUCGUGGAGGCGAAGCUGAAGCGCAUCGAGAAGGAGAACGAGAAUUCCGAGUGCGUCAUUUCUCACGGCACCUCUCCAAGGAGCUUCUACGUUCAGUUGAAGCGAAACUCUCCCGUUUUAGAUCUGGUUAUGAAGACGUUGCAGGGCCUAAAAAAGGAGCAACUGGAGCGGUUUGAUCUGGAUGCUGCUGCUGCGGCGAAGGGGGCAGUGGUCUCAAUGACCUACUCGGAGGAGGAUUCCUGCUACUACCGCUGCGUGAUUAAAUCGGUACUGAAAGAAAAUGACUUUAUUGUGUUCCUCGUUGACUAUGGCACUACCAUGCGAGCCACGGAGAUCUUCCAGCUUCCCCGGGAGGUGGAUAAUGUGCCACCACUGGCCCUGCACUGCCAGCUGAGUGAGAUACCAGCGGAUGUGCCCGAUACCAAGCUGGAGGAGGCAUUCGCCGCCCUGCUGGAGCAACACUUUGGCGAGGUCUACGAGAUAACCAUGCAGCCGAACGAAGACGCAACGAAGCCCCAUUUGGUCAAGCUGCGCAUCAACUACAAGGACUUUGCCCAGGAGCUGGCCAGCACAGUGGCAGGCGUCCAGAAACCCCUCCAGGUGGAGCUGCACAACUGUGUUGUCGUCCAGUACGACGAUCCCACUUCAUUCUACGUGCAAAUGGAGGUGGACGUGCCGGUGCUGGAGCAGAUGACCGACAAGCUGCUCGACGCCGAAAAAGAGCUGCCCGUCUUCACUGACCUGACAGUUGGAGCCGUGUGCGUGGCCCAGUUCCCCGAGGACGAGGUAUUCUACCGUGCCCAGAUCGUCAAGGUCCUCGACGAGGGAAAGUGCGAGGUGCACUUUAUCGACUUUGGCAACAAUGCGGUCACAGACAAGUUCCGCCAGCUGCCCGAGGAGCUGGCCAAGCCGCCACGCUACAGCAAGCACUGCGAGCUGGAGAGCGCCACCAUUGCCAAGUGCAAUGUGGCCGAUCUGCAGAGCUUCAUCGACACGCGCUUUUCCGAGACAUUCCAGGUGGAGAUUCUGGCCACCAAGGGCGCCGACAGCUGCACCCACGUCGUGCGGCUGUUCUACCAGAGCACCAGCAUCAGCGAGAAGCUGCGUCUGCAGGAGAGUCAGUGAGCCCCCUGUCGGGUAGGAGAGCAAUAUAUUGAUUCGUUUUGGCUGCAGCAUCCGAUGCAAUGAAAUGUAUUGUAUUAACUAAUUUAGAUGAACGAGUCAAACUUAUUCAAGUAGAGGAAGAGCUCACGAUAUUGUUUAGCCAAAAAGCUUCAUUGAUUUUUCAUGGAAAACCAAGAUGAAUGCUAAUUUUGUUUCAAUUAUUCAAUGAAUCAACCAAAACACA